AUGUUCAGUGGGCAAAAAGGUGAUCAUGCUCUUAGCAUAUUCAAAUGGAAAUGGCGUGUUAGAUCAUCCCUAACUACUGGUUUGCUUGAUGAGAUACCUGAUGAAAUUGAAUUGUCUGACUAUCAUAAAGCACCAAGCCACGGUAGUGAAAGUCCUUCUGGGCUACUUGAUGGGGAUACUUUAAUUGUGGAACCGAUUGGUGAUCUGGACCUGUUUUUUCAAAGGAUUUACAGCUAUUACUGUGAGAAAGGCCUUUGGUGCAUUAUCAUAAAGUGGAUAUUUGAGCUUCUGAGCCUGGCUUUUACCAUAUGUUUCUCUGGGUUCUUCUUGUUGUACGUUGAUUGGAAUGGCCUUCGCAAUGCAAAGUGUGGGAUGGUUGCGGUGGAAUCUGGAAUUAAGCCUUGUGAUCUAUCCAAGGAAGCUUUACACGAGCAUCCACUGACCCCUUUUACCCUUUGCAAAUCCAUAAUUGUAGGCUAUCUGGGAAUAUUUUCCAUCUAUUGGAUUUUUUGCUUUUUGAGGUUCUUUGCGCAGUUAAAGGAGACUCUUAAGAUCCGCCACUUUUACUACAACAGUCUCCAUGUGACAGAUAACGAGAUACAAACCACCCCAUGGGCUUUGAUUCUUGAAAAAGUUGUUGAGGUUCAAAGUGUGCAACAACUAACCGUGGUCAAGGAUCUUUCUAUUCACGAUGUAGUGAUGCGAUUGAUGAGAAAGGAGAAUUACUUAAUUGGAAUGCUCAACAAAGGAGUGCUUGCAUUACCAAUUCCUCGGUGGGUCCCAGGUGCUGGUUCAACUGUCAGUGUUGGUCCAGACGGUGUGCAACGUCGUCUAGUACUGCCGAAGACCCUUGAAUGGACUUUGAACUGGUGCAUUUUAGAGAGUAUGUUUGACAGAAACUUCUGCAUACGGAGGGAUUUUGUCUCUGAUCCUAAAACAUUGAAGAAAAGGCUUAUGAUAGUUGGCUUUGCAAUGCUGCUACUCUCUCCAUUCCUUGUUAUAUUCAUGCUAGUAUAUCUCUUCUUGAGGCAUGCUGAACAGUUCUAUAAUCAUCCAAGUACAGCAUCAUCUCGACGAUGGUCAAAUCUCUCGAAGUGGAUGUUCAGGGAAUUCAAUGAGGUUGAGCAUUUGUUCAAGCACCGGAUGAAUACCAGUAUAGUACAUGCUUCUGAUUAUCUAAAGCAAUUCCCUUCUCCUAUCUUGACCAUUGUUGCAAAGUUCAUUUCGUUUGUUUCUGGUGGGUUUGCUGCUGUUCUCAUUAUCAUUGCAUUCCUGGAAGAAUCUCUGCUGGAAGGCCAUAUAUUUGGUCGAAACUUAUUGUGGUAUGCUGCAGUUUUUGGAACUAUAACAGCUGUAAGCAGGGCUGCAAUGAUUGAUGAGCUUCUUGUCCUUGACCCUCAAGGGGCGAUGUUACUUGUUGUCCAACAUACACAUUAUAUGCCAAAAAGAUGGCGUGGGAAAGAGAACACUGAAACUGUACGGUUGGAGUUUGAAACUCUCUUUCAGUACACUGGAAUGAUGUUACUGGAGGAUAUGGCCUCAAUCUUUCUCACACCAUACUUACUUCUAUCAGUUGUCCCAAAGCGGGUGGAUGAUAUCAUGCAAUUUAUUAUGGACUUCACUGUAGAUGUUGAAGGUGUAGGUCAUGUUUGCAGGUUUAGUCUCUUUGAUUUUGAAAAUCAUGGCAAUAGCAAAUAUGGUUCACCAUUUAAUUCACCUCGCAAUCAGAGGAGUUCCCAGGGAAAGUUGGAAAAGUCAUUCUUGAGCUUUCAGAUAACCUAUCCUUCAUGGGAACCAGAUGCUCAAGGGAAGCAAUUUAUUGCAUCACUCAGAACUUUUAGAGAUCAAAAGUUGAAAGGUCAGGAAAUGAGAGCUGCACAUUUGCCUUCUGGGAUGCAGCAACUAUCGAAUCAAAAUUUUAAAGGCUUAGAUGACAGAAACAACAGCUGCUUGUGGGAAACGCCUUUUACUAACAGGGAAACUUUUAAUCAGUUUGGUUCAAUGUGGCUUAUAGAUGGUGAACAGAAAAACUUUCCAUAUAUACUUGACUGGUUUUAUACCUCUCAAAAUCAUGAGAGAGCUGAUAAUUUAAGAAAUGAUCCAUCAAGACGUGAUGAGGAGGAGAACUCUAAAGAUUUCUGGGUCCCACCCCACUUUACACGAAAUGAAGCACAAUAUGAAGAAAGAUAUUUUGAUAACUGGGAGAGUCCAGUCGAGGAUAGAAUGCAGAGUCAACUCGAAGCAUCCACGUCAGCCCCUCUCUUCCAGGAAAGUGUCCUACAGCAUCACGACUCAAAGAAUGUGGGAGACCCUACUAGGAGCCAUUGGUGGGCAAGAUCUAGUCCACAGGGUGCAGGUCUGCAGACUAGUUUUCUAGAGCCUCCUAAUUUCUCUCAUGAUCCUUCUCGUGAUUGCUAUGAUCAUUUCUCGGAAAGAAGUGAAGAGGAGGAACCGGAACAACUCUUGGACUGGAGAAAUUCCAGGAAAUUGUCACGGACUUUCUACAUGGACGACUUAGAGGCUGGAGAAUUUAACCUUGCAUUCGAUGAUAUUUAUAGAAGGCCUUCGGAGAGUCCCUCUGAGGAUGCUGAUACUGCAAAUGUUAGUAACCUUUGA